AUGCACAUGAGCAGAUUCGGGCUGCUCGCCCUUGGGGCAGCUGCAGUCGAUGCUUUCAGAGACACCUCUCCCUUUUUCCUGGCUUCGACUUCCGAGGUACUGGCGAACUCCGCAUACAUCAAAACUGGCACCUCGGUCUAUGAUGAAGUCUCCUCCGCCCUGACCACCUGCCCAUCCGACUACUACGUUGUUGUUUCCCAGCCUGGUGUGCACAGCACCGACUUCUCCACCCGCAAGUCGGCACCCCGCCUCGGAGCGAAGAUGCUGGGCAAGGAUAGGUCUAUUCGAUCCCACAUGAGCGUCAACGAGGUCGCUGGCUUGUUGGACGCCAAGCAGAUCAAGAACUUCCUGGUGGACAAUUGCAAGGCGCAAACCACCGCGAUCGACGGUUCCUCCGGAUCUUAUCCCGCAUCUUUCGAGUCGGGCCCUCGAGUCAUCGACAUCGAGUUCCCCAUGCUUUCUCUGGGUUCUGACCGCGCGCACCAGCUUUCCGACAAUGAUGGUCUUCUUGCCGACAUCAUUGAUCGUCUCCCCUCCGACUCCAAGUAUACCCUGCUUUAUGUCACCUCGCCUCGGGAGUUCCCUGAGAGCGAUUCCGUCGUAUACGAGCCCUCUGAUGAAUUCAACCAGGAGGGCAUGCACAUGGACCUCAAGCGCGAUUACUCUUCCUACUCAUCUGCAUCAAGCUCGUCCGAGUCCGAUCGUCGCAGUUCCUUGUUCGAUGAAUACCAGUACUUCACUCCUGGUAUCUUCAUGGGUCUCCUGGCCUCCUUUUUCUUCUUCACCAUCUUGUACAUUGGCAUCAAUGCUUUGAGCAGCCUCCAGGUUCCCUACGCUGCUUUUGAGAAGGAUACAUCAGCUGCUGUACAGAAGAAGCAGCAGUAA